GUGAGUAGUGAGGUAGAAGUGGUCGCGCUGUGUUUGCAAACCUCCGGCGUAACAGCGGACCCGCACGAGAUUGUGGUGAGAAUCACCGACGCAUUCCGGGACCCAUCGAUCGUGGAGGCAAAGUGCUCGUGCACUGCUGGAUUGUCGCAAAAGUGCAAGCACAUCUCAGCUGUUUUGAUCCACUGUUAUAGAUCAGGCCUUGGGUCCCUGCCACCACUUAGCUGUACAGAUGUGGCGUGUGCAUGGGGCACAAAAAAGAAACUUGUGCAAAAUAUGUAUGCACCUGCACCCAUCCGAACAUAUUGCCAUGUGAAGCUGCCUGUCCCUCCUCCACAAGUUCCAGUGACUGAUGCCACGCAUAUGCUGCAGAUCCUCCAAAACAGUGCUCCAAGUUCUGCUAUUGCAGUAUUCAAAAAACGCAGAAGAGGGCAAAACAGCUCCACAACAGAGUCUCGGACCAAGAAUGCUAAACAAGCCUGCCGUUCCGCCCCACUUCCCAUGUUGGAAAUGAUGAGGGUUCAAGCAACUCAACUGAAGCAGAAGGCACCGGAAGAAGUCAUGUUGCAUGUGUGUGAACUAUAUGGUGGAGAGCGUGCUAGGAGUGAGAUUGAAUCCUUGACACGGGGACAGUCGAAUUCUCCAGAAUGGCACAGAUAUCGAAAGGGCCUGGUAACUGCGAGCAUUGCUCAUGCUUGUAUGACUCGCGCGAAGACUUUUCUUCGUUCGAAAGGUGCGGCCAACAUUGAUCCAUUUCUUAUGCUUAUUUUAAGAAGCAGAACUAUUACAACACCAGCAAUGCAUGUUGGGAUUACGAAGGAAAGUGCAGCGCGUGCUGCUUACAAAACAUGGCAAGAGGCACUGGGGCACACACUGGAAGUGCGCCAGAGAGGGCUCGUUUUGUUCGAGGAGUUUCCCUUCAUAGGCUGUUCCCCCGACGGCGUUGCAAGUUUUUCGUGCAAAUGCUGCGAGGGCAAGGAAGUCCUCUUGGAGAUUAAAUGCCCAACAAAGCUCGACAACUCUUUCAAGAACUACGACACCUUAGAGCCUAAGUUGGAGUAUUUAACACAAGUUAAUGUACAAAUGGCUGUGUGUCAUGUAAAAGAGGCCCAUUUUUUUGUUUAUUGUAGUGACAUUUCUUUUUGUUGUGCUGUAGUGAACUACAACAGCGGUGCCUUUGAUGAUUUCAAGGAUUCAAUCAUUAGCAUAUAUAAAGAAAGAGUGAUAUCGGAGCUUCUCUUGAGGCUAAGCCACUGAUAUCGUACUUG